AUGGAGACACACAUGACACUUUUUCAUGGAGAGAACUGGGAAAGUAUCGUUGUCUACGUACUCCAUUUGCUUGCGGUGUUUGCGAUGUCAAUCCUAGUUGAAUGGCUAUCUCAUACGCGACUUAUAAACUCAGACAAGAACAACAACGUUGUUGCUGGGCUGAUGCAGAGUGGACUGUAUAGCAUCCGGAUAGCUUUGGCCUACUUGGUGAUGCUCAAGGUCAUGUCAUUCGAUGCAGGAGUAUUUGUGGCGGCUGUUGGCGGAUACUCUCUUGGUUUCUUGAUUUUUGGCAGCCUAGUGUUUGAUGAAUCGGGCACGGCACCAUAUCACAAGCCCGCUGAUCUUCCUCCCCUCAACUGCUAA